AUGGACGACUUACCAGAAGAAUACAGAGGGAAUGGUGAGUUCCAUUUCCUGAAAAUGAUGGCACGGGAAAUUGAAAAGGCAGAAUAUCCUCCAGGUUCGACUUUCAGACGGGAGAGCAUGCUGAACGUCUUCAGGAAGUUCCGUAUACUGUUUGGCCCGAUUUACUCGGACCGCUAUCUCAAGAUGAAAAUCAAGUCCCUGAAGAAAAAAUACCAAGAAUUCUCAGAACUGCUGAACCAGGAAAACAUAUUCUGGAACAAGCAGAAUAACAUUGUUUAUGGAAACGACCAAUUGUUGAAUGAAAGAUACAGGGCACGUUACAGGAACGGGGUUUUCAUCGGGGAACGCAACUAUGACCUCAUGCGUGACGUUUAUGACAGUGGAAUAAACUUUGCGUGA